AUGAGUAACAACAUCAUCACGCUGCAAAUAGGGCAGUGUGGCAAUCAGGUUGGGCACUCGUUUUUUAAAGCCUUAUCCUCUCAAAUGAUUCAAAAGAAAACUUCAUCAACCAUGGUCGGAACACAAUCAAUACUUCAUGAGGAAACGAUUUUACCAUUCGGAGAUGGAGCUUUGGAUUGUUUUUUCAGACCGAAUACAUCUAAUCCGGGUGAUCCGAUGGUUGCCCGAGCAGUUCUGGUGGAUAUGGAGCCAAAAGUUAUACAACAAACACUAAACCAAACAAAUCGACGAGCAGAAGGAAAUUUAUUUGAGUAUAGUGUUGACAAUACCUUUCACAAACAAUCAGGAAGUGCAAAUAAUUGGGCCUAUGGUUUCAAUUUUCAUGGACCCAAUUGUGCUGAUGCAAUCAUGGAUAUUGUUCGCAAAGAGGCUGAGCAUUGUGAUGGAUUAUCUGGUUUCAUGCUUUUCCAGAGUAUGGCUGGAGGUACCGGGUCUGGUCUAGGAUGUUUUAUUUCAGAGGGACUUCGUGACGAAUUUCCUCAUUCUUUCAUUUGUAAUCAAGUGGUUUGGCCGCACGAAACUGGAGAAGUUAUUGUUCAAAAUUAUAACACGCUUCUUACGCUUCAAAAAUUAUAUGAAGUAUCAGAUGGAAUAUAUAUUUUCAAAAACGACCAAUUGGAUCUUACUUGCAAAAGAUUGAUGGGAAUACCGAGCCCUUCAUUUAAUGACAUGAAUAAGGUAAUUGCAGACCAUCUGACAUGUCUGACGUUACCAAGUUAUCACUCAAAUAAUCCAGAACAAGAAUGUCAAUUACUCUUUGAUCCAAUUCAGCACUUGUGCUCUCACCCUGCAUACAAAAUUUUAAAUUCCAGAAUUAUUCCCCAUAUAUCUUCAAAAAUCAAAGAUUACAGUGUUUUUAGAUGGGAAGGGUUAUUGAAACACUUGCAUCAGAUGCUCAUUGCCGAUGCUCCCAUUGAGGAAUGCAUUAAUUGGAGGCUCAACGCCACAGACAAGAGAUGGUUCAGCUUGAUCAAUAGAUCUAUUUCAAAUUUAAUGAUACUUAGAGGAAAAGAAAUUAGUACAAUACCUGCUGAUAGUGUUAGUCCUUUUUUUAACAAGAAUAUUUACUCGAGUUUUUUACAUCCAAGAGAAGCCAUGAAAGUUUGCCUUAAUGAAAAUCCUGCGGGAUUUAAUGGCUUUGAGAAAACUGCUUAUUUGCUGAGCAACUGUCAAUCAAUUGUAUCUCCUCUGGAAAAAGUAAUCUCAAAAGCGUUUCAAAUGUUCAAUGCAGGGGCUUAUUUACAUCCCUAUAACAAGUACAAAGUGGGAAAAGAAGAAAUGGAGGAAAUGUUUAUUAGAACUGAGCAAGUGUUAUUUGAUUACAAAAAUGUGUAA